AUGGCUUUAUUAUCAGGAACUCUUCGCACUUUCCAAGUCCACGCUUGCGAUGGAAACGAGCUAAAGAUUGAGUGUUUUCCCAACACUGUCAUUAGCAUCAACCUAGUCCAGUAUGGGAGGCCGGUUCCUUCCUUCCAACUCUGCCCACCGGAAACACUUGGCGACACCUAUAUCCCGCGGAACGACUCGAAUAUCUGUCUCUCUCCAGAAGCACUUCGGGCAGUGGAAGCCGCCUGCAGAGAGCAACGGGUGUGUAAGAUGAGGACAUCGCCUGAAACUUUAGGAGGUGAUCCAUGCCCUGGUGUCAGAAAAUACGCCGAAGUAGCGUACAAAUGCCGACCAGAUAUUUUUUACAAUGAGAUUGCUUGCGAUGGACAACGGCUAAGAUUGCGCUGUUCGAAAUCUAUGAGGAUUGUUAUAUACUCUGCUUCGUUUGGUGGAACUCGAUUUGGGGUACCAGAGUGUUUGCAACCAGAGGGUGCUGGAAACCAAGAUUGUCAAGUCAGUUAUGCAACGGAAACGGUACUCAGAAGCUGCCUCGGGAAAAGAAAGUGUUCUAUUGCAGCUGACAAGGACACCUUUGGUGACCCGAGUUGUCCCCAGGGAUCCUCGUUGUUUUUGAAAGUAGUUUACACAUGCGUUCCCAAAGAAAUACUAAGAGAUCCUGAACUAGGGCUAGAAAAAGAUAAAAAUGACCCUGAAGAAGAUCAUAAGGUGUUCCAGAAGGAAGCCAGCUACGACUCUACAACAUCAAGUCCAGAGAUUAGAGAAGAAAAUAACGACGGAAUUAAAAGUACAGCGAUUCAAAACCUACUGCCAGUGGAACCUAUUAUCCCGGUAAUCAAAUCAACUCCCAAAACGGACAUGCAGAGCGACGAGAACGUGGAGGGGGUGGACAUCAACUGUACUGUUAUAGAAGGCGAUAAGAAAGUGGUUGGCUUUUUGACAGAAUGGUUUGCAGCCUAUAAAUUUAUCAGCGAAAACAAAGAGAAGUGUAUCCUUUAUUUGACCUUGAGCCUGGGCGCUGGACUUCUGGUGUUUCUUUCAGUUCUGGCGUUUCGACUUUAUAUUCAAAAGAAGCGAGAGAGAAAAAGAGCAGAUUUAAACAUUUCGGAACCUCUGCCAAGUGCAUUCGUCGAAGACAGCUCAGACCUCGACCAUUUUGACACAAGCGACAGACCAGAUAACAAUAUAGAAGUGGUCAGGUUUACCAGCAGGUCUACCAUGAGACGACAAGACAGUGACACCCACCCCCGUGCCCCCGUGUCUCGGAACAUGACCAGCUAUGACUAUUAUAGUUAGAGAUCUGUGAACAAACGACUCAUUUUCCAAAAAUUUCAUAUUGUUGUCCCCCCCCCCCUCAUAGUACCCCUAGGUUUGUCCUAACCUAAAAGAGCAGUUUGCUCAUUUACUCACUAUGAAAGUCAGAUCUCUGAUUACGAGUGAGAAAAGUGCAUCUGUCUUCAUAACAUUGAAUGCUGGGAAUCCGUCAGGGAAGAAGAUGAACUUGUAAUGUAAAGUGUAUACUGUGAUCAGCGUGUUCGGAAAAAGAGACCCAGUAAAAAUGAUCUUUACGUGUUACACUAUUAACUUACGACAGCUUUCAAUAAUUAUUUAACAUAUCAGUAUAAACGAUAAUCUUGUCUCCUAUACAGGUGUUUCGUAAAGCCAAAUUCCACUCGGGUGUGGAAAAUGUGAGGUUGUAGGUGUUUUAUGUGUUGUAUAUGUGCAAUACAGGGUAAGAGAAAGUACCAUUUUUUUUUUUUUUUCAAAGGUGUACAAAAUCAAUAAUCACUUCCAAUAUCGUCAGAUAACGUGACUACGCAGGCGAAGUUAGGCUUAGUGGAGCGACUGGUGGCGACCUCUGGGUUAAAAAUAUAUAUAUAUAAUCAUAGUAAAGUAGUUAUGUCUUACUGUGUAAAUACUGUCCAUUGAUCACAAACCUUAUAUUUUCUGCCUGUUAUAUGAACUUGAAUCUGAGUAAAUAAUUUAUUAUUUUAUUGCACUCCCUUUUUUAAUACAAUAAUUGUUUGUUAAUAGCCAAAAGAUAAGCAAGUUAUUCGUUAUCAGGAAACUUUCAGCUUUGUUGUUGAACUGAGAAGUAAAAAGAUGAUUCGUUAUUAAUUAUAGGUAUAUUUAUAUGUUUUUUACUACAAAUAUAGGUUCACGAACUGAUUUUCAAGUCUGUAUUCUUUGUAUACACAUACUUUUUAUGUGUCUUUUAUAUUAAAAAACAAAAUAUUAAAUACUUUGAAUAAUUUAACUUUGAACUUUUAUAAUAGUUAAUUCAUUUGAAAAUUACAUCAACAAUCCGAUACCCGUAAAAAAGGGCAGAAACCGUGUUAGAGUUAACAAUCAGUCAACAUAGAUGAACUGAGUUAACAAUCAGUCAACAUUUUUAGUUUAGACUGUGCUAUAGAUUUUGUUCAUUCUGAAUGUUUUGAAAUCUUUGUGAAUUUAUGUAAUCUUUAGCUCAGCCUUUAUCCUUAAAAAAAAUCCUAUUAUAGUAUUUAUUUUGUCUUUUUUAUAAGAUUAGAAGGUGUAAUAUAACCAUUAAAUUAGCAACCUCCAGCCCCUCAUUUGAAUAAAUUUUAAGUAAAGUUUUUUAAAAGAAAGGCUUAAGUGACUGUAAUAAUAUAUGACUGACACAUAACCCUCCAUUUUAAGAAUUUUCGUUCAAGAUUGCUUAGUUAUGUUUUUGUGGUUUAUGUAUAUUUAUAAAUAAAUACUUAAAUAUAACACGCGUAAAUGUGUGAACAAGAAACCCUGAUCUCCAGUUUUACAGUAAUCGGGUGAGUUUAUUCGCAUGUUCUAUUUUCGUUAUUAUUAUUAUUUUAACAUCAAGAUCGUAUCAUUUCAAGUUUUAAGGUAAGAGAUAAAAACAAAGGGUUAUUUUUUAGAAAGUUUAUUAAUCUUAGAAGUAAUUUUUAAAACCAUAUUCCAAUUUCGAGUUAAUGUCAUUUCCUAACUUAUCUCUUCGGUAUUGCCUGAUACAAGAUAUGAUUGUUGCUGUAAACAUAUUUAUGGAAACUUUCUAAUCCAGUAAACUGUAGAGAAUGUAGAGUAUUCUAGGUGUAACAGUUAUAUCUUUUCUUACCGUUUGAGAUACUGGUGUUUCUUCAUGGAUUUGUAAAGAAAAUAUUAAAGUUAUUGGUACAGUUAAAAAA